CCUUCUCAUCAGCACGAUUUCUCUUGUUUCCUGCCAAGUCUUUCCUUACCUAUACCUUUCUGACAGUCUUAGCUAGGUUUUUCGUAGAUGGACCAUUGGAAGAAGCUGGAAUGCUUGCCUUGCCAUCGUCUUUGUGCUUUAGGUUGGUUAACACAUCAAAUCGAGAUCUGUUAAUAAAGCUAGUUCAUUGAUUUGGGUGAUUUUGCUGAUUACCCGUUGGAUUCUUUGAUUUUUGUGCUCGGGCUGGUCUUCGGAACUUCAUCCACUCUCCACAAGUUUCGUCUGGAGGAUCCAUGAUAGCAUCUUGAGAGUUUGAAGCAGAGAAAACGAAAUCAGACUUGGAGUUCAUUGCUCGCGAGAUGAAAUACUUUUUGAAGAUUAAUCACAACCAGUUUUCAAUCGCUAAGCCAAAAGCUAAUGCAAACAUGAAGGGUUUUGUGCGAGUGAAAAUCGGGGAAGUUUUGCAUGUCUUAACUUUUUUUUUUUUUAAAUUAGUUCGCUUGUUUCUGUAGUUCGAUCCCGUGAAUCCCAAUCAGACGGAAUUCACUCCUCAAUCAUCUCCUUGGCCUCUCACUAUUUCAAACGAGAAAAUUCAAAAGAGCAAAUAGAAAUCCAAGCUAGAGCUUUAUAUCUGUUACGUGUGCAUCAGUGCAUAUAGGAUCAGUCGGCCAAAAAAAAAAAAAAUGAGAACGACAUGAAAGUGACUAAACGUGAGGUGAAGCUGUAGGUUUGUUCAUCACAACUCAUCAUUCAUGUCUCUCACUGGCUCUCUAACAAUCACCAAAUUUAGAUCUCAAUAUACUUUUUGACUUUUCCUUUUAUUGAUUCUGAUUCGUUGUUCUUCCACACCCCAUUUAGGAUUGUCAGUGCGUUAGGGCUGCAAGCCAGAUAGAAAAAUAUUUUCUCCACACGUCUCAUUGGAUCCAGUGGAGUUUUGGAAGCAAUCAGAAAAAUCAGUGUUUGUUCCUCACAAAAUAUUUUUUUUCCCUCUCAGAAAGAUAGAGAGAAAGUGGUGAGGCUGGGUCGAGACUCCCAGAUCUUCCACCCAUUGGUCCUUUUCAGCUUCGUAGGAUCGGGACUUUAUGGCCAAGCCUAGUUCGGCUGAUGGUAGGACUAGAAGCUCCGUGCAGAUCUUUAUAGUAGCUGGUCUGUGCUGCUUCUUCUAUAUAUUGGGUGCAUGGCAGAGGAGUGGUUUUGGAAAAGGAGAUAGCAUAGCUCUGGAGAUUACUAAGAAAAAUGUAGAAUGUGAUUUAGGUCCAAAUUUAAGUUUCGAUUCUCACCAUGGAGGAGAAGUUAGCAAAAUGAAUGAAUUCAAUUCAAAACCUAAGUUAUUUGAACCAUGUGAUGAUGGUCAUAUUGAUUACACUCCUUGCCAAGAUCAAAUGCGCGCCAUGACCUUUCCCAGAGAAAACAUGAAUUAUAGAGAGAGGCACUGCCCCCCUGAGGAAGAGAAGUUGCACUGUUUGAUCCCAGCACCCAAGGGCUAUGUAACACCGUUCCCAUGGCCGAAGAGCCGUGAUUAUGUACCGUAUGCAAAUGCUCCCUACAAGAGCUUGACGGUUGAGAAAGCUAUCCAGAACUGGAUACAAUAUGAGGGAAAUGUGUUCAGAUUUCCUGGUGGGGGAACCCAGUUUCCUCAAGGUGCAGAUAAAUAUAUUGAUCAGAUUGCGUCUGUAAUACCUAUAAAGAAUGGGACAGUGAGGACGGCUCUGGACACUGGUUGUGGAGUUGCUAGUUGGGGUGCAUAUCUUUGGAGCAAAAAUGUUAUUGCCAUGUCAUUUGCCCCAAGGGACUCUCACGAAGCGCAAGUGCAAUUUGCUCUUGAAAGGGGUGUACCUGCCGUUAUUGGUGUUUUGGGUACCAUAAAGAUGCCUUAUCCAUUCAGUGCCUUUGACAUGGCACAUUGUUCUCGGUGCUUGAUUCCAUGGGGAGCCAAUGAUGGAAUGUAUAUGAUGGAAGUUGAUCGAGUUCUUAGACCAGGUGGUUAUUGGGUGCUUUCAGGUCCUCCAAUCAAUUGGAAGGUUAACUACAAAGCCUGGCAGCGACCGAGGGAGGAACUUCAGGAAGAACAGAGAAAGAUAGAAGAGAUUGCUAAGCGUCUUUGCUGGGUGAAGAAGUCUGAGAAGGCUGAAAUGGCCAUUUGGCAAAAGACUGUAGGCUCUGAUUCAUGCCGUAGAAGACAAGAAGAUGAUUCUCAAGUAAAAUUCUGUGAAUCAACAGAUGCUGAUGAUGUCUGGUACAAGAAAAUGGAGGCCUGCAUUACACCCAAUCCUGAAGUCUCUAGCGGUUCUCUAAAACCAUUUCCAGACAGGCUAUUUGCUGUGCCUCCAAGAAUUUCCAGCGGCUCUGUUUCUGGAGUUUCUGUUGAGAAAUACCAAGAAGAUAGCAAAAAGUGGAAAAAGCAUGUGAAUGCUUAUAAGAAAAUCAAUAGACUCCUUGAUUUGGGAAGGUAUCGCAACAUUAUGGACAUGAAUGCAGGUUUGGGUGGUUUUGCUGCAGCCAGUCAAUCUCCAAAUUUGUGGGUCAUGAAUGUUGUGCCCACUAUAGCUGAGAAAAGUACCCUUGGUGUUAUAUAUGAGCGAGGGCUAAUUGGCAUCUAUCAUGACUGGUGCGAAGCCUUCUCUACGUAUCCAAGGACAUAUGAUCUCAUUCAUGCCAAUGGUCUUUUCAGUCUGUACAAGGACAAAUGUGAUGCGGAAGAUAUUCUUCUAGAGAUGGACCGGAUCUUGCGACCCGAAGGCGCUGUCAUACUCCGAGAUGAAGUCGAUGCACUGAUCAAGGUUAAGAAAUUAGUUGAAGGCAUGAGAUGGGAUACUAGACUGGUGGACCAUGAGGAUGGUCCUCUUGUUCCUGAGAAGAUUCUAAUUGCUGUCAAGCAGUAUUGGGUUGCUGGGGGAAAUUCCACAUCAGCUCAAUAGCCAUUGAAAGACAAAAGAAUAUUAUCUUGGUGUCAAGAAGCCACUUUUCUGUAUGCCACGCCUGAUAGCGUUCUUAUGAUUGGUUAACUUAUGCUCAAUUGUCACUCUGCCAAUUUUUUUUUUUAAGUUAAUUUAUUGAUGGACAAUGCCGCAAAAGCUAUCUAUUUCCUAGGUUAUGGUAUUAUUGUAAGCUUAUUUUUGGCAUAACUUGAAUUCUAUUGUAGUACAAUGUAAAGUUAACAUAUCAAGGUGAUAAAAAUCUUAAAAGAAAAAGAGAAAACAUGUUUGCUAGUCUGA